UCCGUAUCCACCAAACAAAACGGGGAGAAAACUAACCGACCUCCCACUCUGACGCAGGCUUCGAGCGCCCAGCACCUUGCUCACGCGGCGCCACCGGCCCGGCGCGAACAUGAAGGCCAUCGGGAGCUGCGGCGAUUGGUGGUGGAACCUCCCGUCUCUCCGCCUCAAGUCCGACUCCCGCCGCCGCGGCCGCCGCAACACCGACCCCCGGGGCCGCCGCCGCGGUCCCCCGCGGGAGCCGCUCUCGUCGUCCUCCUCGGAGUCCAUCGGCCAGAGCAGCGGCUGGCCCUUCGAGCUCCUCUUCAGGCAGGCGGUCACCGCCGCAUGUCUCACCUUCACCGGAGACACCAUCGCGCAGGUCCACGACCGCAUCAUCGACUGCAGAGGACGCAGCGCCGAACCCGACAGCAAGGAACUGAUACCAGAUAUAUUGCUGAACCAUGAUUGGCUUCGUGCACUUCGUAUGGCUUCAUAUGGAUUGCUUCUUUAUGGUCCAGGAACCUAUGUAUGGUAUCAGUUUCUUGAUCGGUGCAUGCCCAAGCAGACAUUUGUAAAUUUGUCCGCUAAGGUCAUAUUGAACCAGAUCGUGCUUGUUCCUAGUGUUAUUGCUGUAGUUUUUGCUUGGAACAACUUAUGUUCAGGGAAAUUGUCAGAGCUGCCAUCUAAAUACCAGAAUGAUGCCCUUCCUGCAUUUCUAUAUGGGGUUAGGUUUUGGACUCCUGUAUCAGUUGUCAACUUUUGGAUGAUUCCUUUGCAUGCUCGUGUUGCCUUCAUGUCCACUUGUGCCAUUUUUUGGAACUUCUAUUUAUCUAAUACUAUGAACAAAUGAAACCGCCGGUUCAUCAGCCGCUUUCCUAUCUGGAAAUUUACACUGAACAAUUUGGCAUGAUGCUUAUAGGGUAUGUACGAGCAUGGUUCAUUUCAGCAGGCAUAGCAGUACACUGUAAGGUUUCUUUCUCUUCGACAGUUCCGGUGGAUCAGCAUAAGGUCACUGCAAAACUUAUUCAAUAUGCUGAUGAGCAUAAGAUCAAUGCAAGAGGGAAGGUUUUGUCUAAUAAUGCAUGGAGCACCUGGCUCCAUUCUGAUUUCAAAACUCAAAAGUCAUCAAAUUUGUUAUUUAGGAUACGUGUUGAAUUAGCUUUACUUUUGUGGCGGAACCACCUGACCAUCAUUUGAAUACAUCAGGCACAUUAACUUAACCGUUUAAUAUGACAGUUCGCAUUAAAUCCACCAGUAGUCUCACUCGAAGGUGAGCGCAGAUGGUACAAACAUCACAGGAUUUACACAAUUUCAAGUCUUUCCAAGUUUAAUGAUGAAUUUCAUAUUUGUUUAAUGGUCAAACAAGUUUUGUGAGUCAAAAUUGAUUUCUUUAACUAUUUCAACUAUUUUUGAGUAAUAUUUUUAUUUUUAGUCCUUUUAUUAAUAUUUUUAAUUGCUAUUUAUCUUAAACGCCCUCUUAACUUCAUUUAACGGUAAUUCCACAUCAUUUGCACAAUAAUGCUCAUGAAAAAAAUUGAAAACAUCAAAAUGCAAAUGUGAUGAAUGAUAAUGCUCAUAAUUAUGCAGAUGAUUACUCUCUCCAUUCCAAAUUACUGUUCAAUUUAGCUUUUUUAGAUACAUAAAUUUUGAUAUGCAUCUAGACAUAGUAUAUAUUUAAAUGCAUAUCAAAUAUUAUGAACUUAGAAAAUAUAAAAUGAAGAGUAAUUUGAGACGGAGGGAGUAGCUAGUGGUGACUCUUGUAACACUAGAAGUCUUACAACUUCAAUGAUAAUGGUAUAUUGACAUUCAUCUCUGAAUAAGAUGUAGGUGUAUUCGUUAUUGCUGAGAGGAAUUUAUGAAUUCAUUGCGGGAUGUUGUAUCUUAAAUUCCUACUUAAAUAGAAAAAUCAUGAACGGCCCUGUUCGGCUUCAUCUCAUCGAAGGAACAAAAGGCCCUCUUGAGCUUGUGACGUUUCAGAAUUUGGUGGUGCGGCCGCGAUCCUUCAAGCUCAGCUGUUCAGGCCCCGCUAAGUAGAAGAAAAAGGCCGGUCCUUCAAGCUCAGCUACUCAGGCCCUGCUAAAGGAAGAUUGGAAGAAGAAAAACGCCGAGCUGGAUUACUAGUGUUGUGAGAAAUUCCUAAACCUAGGAAUAAUUACAGACCAUACCAAAUAUGAUCAAGGCUAUGUAAAGGAACAUGUACUCAUCUAUUAUGAAUAAGACAGAACAAGUUCCACCUACAUUGUCUCUUGUAUCAAGGCUAUAUAAAGGAACAUGUACUUAAUUAUGAAUAAGAGAGAACAAAUUACAUCUA